AAUAUUGCCACUAUCUAUAUUCCCUUGAUGAAAGUUACACGUCAUUGAUUCUAGUAGAUUCAAGCUUGCUUCACGCAAACCUACCUUUUUCCUUCGAAAUCUUAUCGCCACAAGUAAAGUAAAAGAUAUAUAAGAAAUGCUUUCCCUUGGCUAAUCUAUUGAACGAACGAAAUAUAUUUCAUACUUUAACUCAAGAUCAGUAUUCGUUUAUAGAUUCCCAGCAGAAGAGGAAUCACAAGAUGGCCACAGAAAUCAGGCACUACCAAACAGAUUCCGAAGGAGGCUAUAUUGGGCGUAUCAAGCAUAACUGGAACGCAUCGCAGAGCCAGAUGCUGCGUCUGUUUAAGUGGAUCAAUUUACAAAGGACCAGGAAGUCAGCGGCACCAAGAGGAUCUAUAGAUGGAAUGGUAAGCGUACGGAGAAUGUCACUGGAGGCCAUGAGUUCUUUGAGAGAAAUGCCUUUAAAAGAUUCAAGGACUGGCAGGGUAUCCGCGACUACCAUUGGGAUUUUGAGAUUGAGGUCAUUCCCAUGGACUGAGGCUUUUGGGGCUCAUUUGGGCUCAUGUUUUUUUUUUUUUUUUCUUGUAUUUCCUUUUUGUAUUUAUCUUUAGCCACUAGCCACGGUAUAUUCAUAUGAUGGACUGCUUAUUUCA